GUGGUAUUUCACCCAUUGACUGGGUUACAGCUUGCUAUCCGGUCCUGAGGUACUAUCCGAUCGCCAGACUCCAUGAUAUCCGGGUUUCGCCCGGUUCCGGGCCGCUAUUUCGGGACAUCUCGAGCAUACUCAUACUUUGGCAUUGCUCGACUCAGUAGAACAUCAAAAUGCGGCUUUCACGUUGAUGGUAGAAGUCGGGUCUCCAACUUUUGGAUUCCCACGGGGGGCAUCUCCAAAAAGCCCGUUCAGGGCGAAAAGGAGGAUGCAAACGACCUCUUGAUCCGAGGUGGCUUUCUGCGUCAAGCUUACUCGGGUAUCUUCCAUAUGCUUCCCCUUGGAUUGCGUGUGCAAGAUAAGCUAGAGCGUCUCAUUGACAAGCAUAUGCGGUCACUUGGCGCAUCGAAGGUGUCAUUAUCGUCUAUCUCCGCCCAAGAACUUUGGGAACAGUCAGGACGUCUAAAAGAGGGCUCGGAAGUCUUCCGGUUUCUAGAUCGGAAAGAAUCCCGGUUUCUCCUCGCUCCCACCCACGAGGAGGAGAUCACCACCCUGGUGGGCAGUCUCUCGAAAUCCUACAGAGAUUUGCCAGUGCGAGUGUACCAAAUUUCGAGGAAAUACCGAGAUGAGCAGCGACCAAGACAGGGCCUUCUUCGUGGGCGCGAAUUCAUCAUGAAGGACCUCUACACGUUCGACUACAAUGUGGAGAACGCCUUGAAGACAUACGUGUCCGUGAAAGCGGCGUACACCGAGCUUUUCAACGAACUGAAGAUACCCUACUUAGUCGCUGCUGCAGACUCAGGCAACAUGGGUGGCAGUCUAAGCCACGAAUUCCACUUCGCCAGUGCGAAAGGCGAGGAUACAGUCAUCAGCUGCUCUACCUGUGACAGUGUCUACAAUGAAGAGCUUGCAGAUGGGAAGGCUCACAAUAUUGACGACCAGCAGCCUCAAGCAAGCCACUCACCCGGGUUUGACACCGGCGAAGUGUCCGGCGAAUCGACACGAGCUGUUUCAGUGGGCCUAUGGAUGGCUGUAUCACAUGACAAAAACACACUGCUGCGGUGCUGGUUCCCGCAGUAUACCUUGCAGGACCCUACGCAGCCGCCAACCGAAAGGGAGGUCAACUCUCACGCGGUCAAAUCCAUAGCUAAAGCGGCGGGCAUCGAUCUUGACAUCAGCAUCGAGAACCCUCUCCACCAAUGGGCGACCCACAUCAAGUCAGACGAGGCUUCAGGCCAGCGUCCUCGGGUGCUGGAUCUGUACGACUCACAUGUGCGGGCAUACAAACGCCCACCAUUGACAGACACGCUUGAAGGAGUCGAUUGCGCAGCAGAAGAUAUUGAUUUUUCCAAAGUCGACCGCUUCCCCGGAACCAACAACUACCUCAACCUCAUCAGAGUGCAUGAAAACGACCCGUGCUCGAAAUGCGGUCAUGGACUGACCAAGACCCACAAGGCCACCGAACUCGGCCACACCUUCCACCUCGGCACGCGAUACAGCGAUGUCCUGCAGGCUUCAGUGGUGGUCGACCAAGCCCACCUGGACGAAGCGGACCGCUCACCAUCCUCCCAAAAAGACCAGGUCAUGUCCAUGCAGAUGGGCUGUCACGGCAUCGGUGUAUCACGCAUGAUUAGCGCGGUCGCAGAUACCCUAGCAGACUCUAAGGGACUCAAUUGGCCUCGUGCGAUUGCGCCAUACGAAGUCAUCGUCGUCCCCGCCAAAGGAUUGGAAGCGGAGGCCGAAGGAGUUUAUGACGCGCUGACAUCAGAACCGGCUUCUGCCUUGGACGCGAUCCUCGAUGACCGCGACAAGCAGAUGGGCUGGAAACUCGGCGACGCAGACCUCAUCGGAUACCCCGUGAUCAUUGUGGUCGGCAAGGGGUGGAAGAAGCAGCGUUCCCUUGAAGUGCAAUGUCGUCGACUCAACGUACGUGAAGAUGUGACACUUGAGGCUCUUCCGGAAUUUGUGCGAUCCCUGCUUGAGAAACUUUAACCGGUGUGGCUGUGUCAAGGCUGAAUCUGCACCGCCGUUGAGAUCCAAUGUAUACUACUAUAGACUACCCCGUAGUUAGCUGCAAUAUACCCC